UCCAGGUCAGCAGACCUUCCUUCCCUUGCACUGGUCCUGGUUACAACUAUGUGCUUUCUGUCUCCUGCAGCCCCCUGGGCCAGCAUCCUGAUACCACUCAUUUUCGUCAGUUGCUGUGUCCAGACCCCCUCUGUGAUGUGUGUAACACUACAACAGCUAAGGUCAGUCGAAUGCUUUCUCAGGCAUCCCUGGAAGAUGCUGCUCAUACUGUGACCUGCUUGACUUCCACAGAUUCUGAGUCAUCAAGCACACAGAACUUUGCCACCUCAGCAGUCCCUCCAGGACCCCUGCUUGCAGCCCCAGUGCCUGUGCCUUCUCCACCUCCACCCUCUGUUCUCCCACCUCACCUGGUCACCUCUUUAGUGGACUCACCAUCACCUGUGCCACUGGGUGACUCUCAGCCAGCAGAGCCUAUUCCUCCCUUAGAUUCCCAAUCCCCGGUGGAUCAUUUUCCACCAGAGCCACUUGCCUUUCCCCCUUCCUUUCUAUGUCACACUCAGCAAGCAAAAUUGGAUCUUCAGCCAGAAAGCACUUCCUCAGUUCAUGAGAGCCCUGGUGGGUUCUCCACUAACAACCUUCAGGGAGACACUGAAGCUUACGCUGCAGAGCCUGGAAACCUCAAGUUUCUCAGCCCUGACAGCUGGACCCUCCUGGAAAGACAAAUUAAAAAGAGAGGUGAUUCACUGAUAGCCAAAGGAAAGGGAAAGAGAACAGAAUCUUUUCCAAAGCAGCAACAACCAGAUUCCCCACUAGAUUUUUCAGGGAAAAGAUUAGAGUCAGCAACUGAUCUGCAAGACUCUGCAUGCCCCCUUCCUAUUUGGAGCAGUGGAGACAAACCAGAGGGGCAGCACACACAUCUGAAGCCACCAGAUCCCAAGACCUUGGAUGAUCACUUAGAGCAAAAAUAUAGCCAGUUCUUCUGGGGUCUUCCAUCUCUCCACAGUGAGUCACUGAACUCCAUUGUGCCUGCCUCGGGUGACUGUUCUGCAAUCUUUAUUUGCUUUAAUACAAUCUCCAGAACCACCUCAGUCCAUGAAUCUCUAGCCUCCAUGCAUCCUUCAUCUCUAUCCUUGUCUGAAACCCAACCUCAAACUCUGCCCCAAUCUCUGCCCCAGUCUCAUUCCUCUAGUCCCCUUAUUGUGCAGAUCCAGGCCCAGCUCCAGUCCCCACCUUUACCUCUCCUGCCUUCUCCUCGGUGCCAGCCUCGGAGAUGUGGAGUGUUUUUUCAUGGCACUCAGGGGGAGAUACAGUCUCUUACACCAGCUGAAAUGCAGCACUUGGAAGGUAAUAUACUACAGAAAAUACAGGAAAGAGUGUGGGGUGUGCCCACUGUGGUCCGGAGAUCGCUGGAAGACUUCUGUCCUCCAGCUCCGAGGCUUCCACUGAUUAGCCAGGCCUCCAAGCCUCGUGUGUCAGUUUCCAUCUUACUUGGAGAUUUCCCCUGCCACGGUGAGCUGCGGAAGAAACUAGAGCACCACCUUCGGAAGAGGCUCAUUCAGCGCCGUUGGGGCCUGCCCCGAAGAGUCCAUGAGUCACUGUCAAUGAUGCAGCCUUGGAGCGAGGACCCUCAGACUUCCAAAUCAAAGGGAAAUUAUGGGCUUUCUUGGAUCUGUUUAUAUAAGGGUCAAAGCAGCAAGGACCUGAGUCAGUCUGGGCUUGUCAAUGAGAGGAGUUCGGAAAUACUGCCUUUAGAGGAGGGAGUGGAGAAGAACCAGGGGCAGAGUCCAGUGAUUGAAGCCCAAAACCUGUUGAGUGGCCAGGACAGGAUUACAGAUAGUGCUCAGGGCUCUGACUCAGAGAAAGCCCUGGAAAGCCAAGUGGUGGAAAAUCCAGAGGCCUCAGAUGUGAGUGUACACCAAAAACAACUUGAGGAAACCCUGAAAGUACACUUAAGUAAGAAAUUUGUGGAAAUUCAUGAGGGCCAGCUCCCUGAUGCCGUGAAUAAAUCAUGGCAUUCUAUCAAUCUGAACCUCCCCUUUCCUGAGAGGUCCUCCAGCCAAAUAAAAAGAAGAGAUGGAACACCACUGGAGGAUAAGGGCAGCUCCCUGGACGGGUCUCAGGGUAUUCCCUUCCUUAGUUCUAGCACACAAAAGAUGAUGGAAGACCAUAUUACAACUUUUCAGAGGAGAAUGGCAUGGGGUCUUCCCCACAAAGUCCAGGAAUCCAUAGAAAUCUCCAACAUAAAGGAGAGCCUGUCCUCGGCUCCUUCUCGUUCCCGAUCUCGCUUGUCAGACAAUCGUAUUUCUGAUGUAGACUGUAAAAAGGGGGUCUGCAAGACCCUUAGAAGAAGCUCUGAUGCUGCUCAAGCACACAAAGUGGAAACUAGCUCAGCUGUUAGUCUUCCUCCCCCUGCUGCCUCACAGGUGGCCAUGGAAGGACCGGGGGCCCUGAGUCAGUCACCCAAGACUUACACCAACCAUGAGAUUACAGAGAACAUGCAGACGGGGCAGAAUGGCACACAGGGCUCUCUGCUCCCCACACACAGCACCCCAGACACAGUGGGUCAGAAGCAGACCCAACAAGAUGAGAAUUACCACCCAAAGCCACCAACAGGGCAGCCUGGGGCUGCCCCCAAUGUAAAUGAGAGAGUGAGUUCUUGCAGUGACAAAGAAAGACUGCAGAGAAAAGCAACAAUGCAGUUAGAAUAUUUGCCCAUGUGCAACAAGUCCAGGGAGAUAUUUAAAGCAAAGGAGCUCCGUGUUCUUCAGUCACAGACUAGCAAGAUCUCGAAUAGCAAAUCAGUGGUCAACAUAAGGAGAGAUGUGAAUACAAGUAAAUCAGGAUCUUCCCUGGCCGCUAAAAGGCUUCUACCAAGAACAGCAGCUCCCCAGGACAUUAAAUCACCAAACCUUAAAACUCAGCUGCUUAAUGAGCUGAAGUUUAAAAUAGAAAACAAAAAGAAGAGCCAGCCUCAGGGCAUUCCUAGUAAUUUGCCCCUUGCCUCCAAUAACUUGAAAAGCAAGACCUUACUCCAUCAUGACCAGAGAGCCUCCCGUGGGAUCAUGGAAGUUUCCCAGGUGAUGCAUGCCCACUCGAACAUCACAAAAUUACCUGUGGAGCAGCAGCAAGAGCCCUGGAUCCCUAAGCAAAUCUUACGCAAAUACCAAGACAGGAAAUUCCUUCUAGAAGCAAACAGAGUGUGUCCAUUGCCACAUAAAACAAGAGAACUUGGUGGUGGAGAUGCAGGGCUGGAUGCAUACCAGCUCAGAAGAAGCUGCUGCCCUGACCAAGACAGGCCAUUAGUAAAGACUCAUGGCAGCAAGUCCUCCCCAGCCUUGUCACUGAGGGGACAGCCCCCUCCUGAAAAUCUCUUCAGAGACAAGAUGAAAUACUUUUUACAAUGGAUUUGUCCUACCAUGAAAAACAGAGGCCAAGAAAAUCCCCUCAGACAGGCCAGCCCCUCUUCAUCCUCAGUGCAGAGCAGGGGCCCUGUUACAAGGAGAACCAGCUUCAUUGACAACACCAAGGACCAGAAAAUUGUCACAAGCUUUGCAAAAGUCCUUCACUAGAAUUUGCAGGAAGGAUGUCUUACUCUCCCCCGCCCCCAAAUAACCCCUUCCGUGUUGAAAAUAUGGAUGGCCCCCAA